AUGUUGCAGCAUCACCCCAAGGCUCGAGCAGCCGGGAGAAGAAACCCUGCACACAGGCCCUCGGAGCUUAAAGCUGUAACUCAGACCUUCAGUCGCUGCCCAGGCUCAUCCAGCCCCGCUCCAAAGCCCCCAGCUGCCGGCACAGCCUCCCCAAACCCCGGCUCGGGGCUGACCCUAACCCCAAACCCCGGCUCGGGGCUGAUCCCGGCCCCAAACCCCGGCUCGGGGCUGAUCCCGGCCCCAAACCCCGGCUCGGGGCUGACCCCAAAACCAAACCCCGGCUCGGGGCUGACCCCAAAACCAAAUCCCGGCUCGGGGCUGACCCUAACCCCAAACCCCGGCUCGGGGCUGAUCCCGUCCCCAAACCCCGGCUCGGGGCUGAUCCCGACCCCAAAUCCCGGCUCGGGGCUGAUCCAGAUCCCAAAUCCCGGCUCGGGGCUGAUCCAGAUCCCAAAUCCCGGCUCGAGGCUGAUCCCGACCCUAAAUCCCGGCUCGGGGCUGAUCCCGACCCCAAAUCCCGGCUCGGGGCUGAUCCAGAUCCCAAAUCCCGGCUCGGGGCUGACCCUAACCCCAAAUCCCGGCUCGGGGCUGACCCUAACCCCAAAUCCCGGCUCGGGGCUGACCCUAACCCCAAAUCCCGGCUCGAGGCUGAUCCCGACCCCAAAUCCCGGCUCGGGGCUGACCCUAACCCCAAAUCCCGGCUCGGGGCUGACCCUAACCCCAAAUCCCGGCUCGGGGCUGACCCUAACCCCAAAUCCCGGCUCGGGGCUGACCCUAACCCCAAAUCCCGGCUCGGGGCUGACCCUAACCCCAAAUCCCGGCUCGGGGCUGACCCUAACCCCAAAUCCCGGCUCGGGGCUGAUCCAGAUCCCAAAUCCCGGCUCGGGGCUGACCCUAACCCCAAAUCCCGGCUCGGGGCUGACCCUAACCCCAAAUCCCGGCUCGGGGCUGACCCUAACCCCAAAUCCCGGCUCGGGGUCCCCGCCGGGAGCUCGCGCUGCGCUGCUGCCGCCUGUCGGCCUGGGUGCGCUCAAGACUGUGCCCUCUCCUUCUGUCAGCUGUUGCCUGGGAGAAGGGUCCGGGUCCCACCUGCCCGAUGCCCGGUGCCCGAUGCCCGGUGCCCGUGCUGUUCCGUGCGGGCACAUCGAGCCUCAUCGCGCCCUUGGCUGCGGCAGAGAGCGCCACAGCAUCCCCGAAAUGCUGCUCGAGAAAGAGCUGGCCAACCAUGGGUCCUGGCCCACCCCCUCACCCCAAUAA